GCAGUGCCUGAAUGCAUUUCUCUUCGAUCACCAGUACCACCAUCUCCUCUCUUCAAAAUGGCUCACAAACCGAUACAAAAUGCUCAGGCGAGCUCAUCGACACAGGAUGUCGACAUGACAUAUGAUCCCGACCAGAAUCCGGAGGAGCAGCGAGUGGUCCGACAAAGAUACCGUGAUAUCUCAUCUAAUAUACAUAGAAUUAGGGAAAGAUACUCCCGUUGAUAAUCUCGUACAAACUGUACAAAAAGCAGAUGUGCUUUUCGAGAGGGUCAAGGGGACAGCAGAAGCUACCCUUGACUCUACAGUCCUCCUUCAGGCCUCCUCACUAGGAGUGCAAAGAGCCCGGGCUAUGAAAUCUGGAUCGGGAGCUUUUGAUAUCGACGACUUCAUCACCAAGCUUGUGAUCUUCAUGGGCGGUCGAAAAACGGUAGAUUUAGCUGAUAACGAUGGUGAUUCGUACAACGACGAUGCGGAGGACGAUGGAGCACCACUUGAUUGGGAAAAGGUCGGAAGGAAAGUAUUGGCGAAGAGUCAUCGUGUCCCAGUAAUGGAUUUCAUGCUUGGGCCGCUAUCAAUAGAACAGAAGAAACGAAAUACCGUCAAACGUGCGAAGCUCGAGAAGAACAAGGCAGAUGAGAAGAAGCCGCAAGAGAUUACCGAAGACGAUAUCACCCGAUCGGAAAACGAGACCACAAAGAACGUCAUUGUCCUCGAGAAACUCCUGGAAGAGAUCCUAAAUGAGUCAAACCCAGAUGAAGAUGAUGCCGGCAAGAUCAAUCUCUUCAAGUUCAUCGUUAAUCCCAAUGACUUUGGUCAAUCCGUUGAAAAUCUUUUCUACCUUUCUUUCUUGAUUCGAGACGGUAAAGUCGCGAUGGAAACGAAUGAGAAGGGAGAACCUGUCAUCUUCAUUACGGAACAACCAACGCAGGAAGAUUAUAAAGAGGGAUUGAAGAAAAGACAGAUCGUCAUGGAGUUUGACAUGACCACUUGGAAACGUGCUAUUGAAGUCUUCAAUAUCACAGAAUCCGCCAUCCCUCAAAGACCGAAGCAACAAACAGGCAUAAAAGGAAAGUGGUACGGUUGAGCUACCACUUUCCCUACUUUUCAUCCUGGCCAUCUUGACCUUCAAUUUUCUCUCCCUUCUCACAUAUUCUUGCUCUCGCUUGGUUUCUGGUAUGAAUACAUUAUUUUGUAUGUAUUAUACUUCGACUCGCUUUCUUUUGCACGUAUACACAUGUACCUCUACUGUACUCACGACGUUCCAAUACUCAUUAUAUCCUAUGGUACACCACUAACUUCUGUAUAUUCUUUCUAACUGAGGCUUUUGUGCAUGCAUUGCGCUCAGUAUUUCUGUGAACAUGUGCAUUCUAAAAUUCACAGCGGUUGUAAUAGUAAU